UGUAUAAAACGGAGAUGACAUGCGACAGAGCCUUAUUGUUGCUGACAACUCCAUUCAAGUCAAUAUGUGGUACCUGUCCUGUCUUCUGCUUUACGCUAUUUUACACUCCAGCUACGGGGUGUCUUCGAAAAUGGAUUUCGGCAAUGAGGAAGAGGUUACUGUUACAAACUCCAGCAAAAUAGAAGAUGAAGACGUGGAAGUUAAACAUACAAUAGUUGUUUCUACCAAGUUGAAGAAUAACAAUCGUCGAGGAUUUGCACCGAGUGACGUUUCAGGUGACGGAGCUCUCACUUAUAGCGUUGGUACUCCUAAAGACAAAGAUAACAGUGGUGAAGUACCUGUCGUGCCUGGGUACAAAUCGGUCGAAUCAACCAGAAUCAGAACGCCAGACACAAGACUAAAAUCGCGAAUUUAUCCAGACUCUGUGUUUGUAAACAGAAAUAUCCGCGAUGAACUCGAUAUCGUCCCUAAUUUAGCCACCAAUCCUAUGCAGUGGAAACCCUCCAAUUACUUCAAUAACAUAAACUGGUGGACUCCUGAGGCCAGGCCUCAAAACAGUUUUGUCAGGAGGAAUGAAAGACCUUUAGUAGAUAACAGUGGAAGAUUUCAUAAAAAAAUUACUGCGGACGGAAUGAAAGAGUUCUAUUGUAGAAGGUGCAGAGAGUUGAGUGUUGGUAUUGUCGGGCAACAUACGGGCUGCGUGCAACAACGAAGUAAUCCUUGGGUCCAUGAGACUACGACGCCGAAGAUGAAAUUAGACGGUAAAUUGGCGAAAUUAAACUAA